ACUUAUCGCUGAUUCCCCGAAACGUCCCACAACCUACCCAGACUGCAACCCUGCUGCAUUACUACACAACAUCAUCACAAUGGCCGUCAUCUCAGUCACCGCUUCCUACUGCCGAGCUGCAAGAGAUUGCUCAGACCGCUUGCGAACAGGCCAUCGGUGCCGCAGAAGCAUACGACCACGCCCAAGUAGGAGACUGGAACAGCAAGAUCAUCCAAUACAUCCUCCAGACCCUCAUCAAGAAAACCAGCACUUCCGAAGCCACGCCCGAUACUCCGUCGCAACCCCCUUACAAGUACAUCGCCAACAGCACCGUAAUCCAACACAUUGGCUCUCCUGCGGAACCUGAGAAGCACGGCCGUCGCGGCAUGCACAGCGCUGUCGGCGCCUUCUGGAACAACGAGAAGGAUGGCACAUACAGCUACAAGUGGGAGGCGGCCGAGAAGAAGGGCAUGGACAUUGUCAUCACCAUCACAUGGAUUGCUAUCUAGAAUAAUAGCGUCCGCAACGCUGAGGGAUGGGCGCAUUUGCCGAGCAGGCGUUUGACAAAUGCGCCGGGUGCGAGGGCGCAGACUUUUGCGAAGAAGGAGGGCGCGAGCGAGAGUUAUGUCAACAGCUUGUUGAGUGAUGGUGAGAAGUGAUGGCGAGUUGGCUUGGAUACCGUUUGAGUGCUGUCUCUAUUCUUCUCCUCACGGUAAUUGGCGUUUGAAACCUGCAUGGGCAUAGUCUUGCGCUUCUUCAUGUCAAUAUGGCGAAUUGAUACCUAGUAUUUUGUGACUUUAUCCAUGAACAAGGCGCAACUGCACUUCGCAUGUAACUGCAGUAUGUACAAGGGUUGACGUGUUCUCGUCUUCUGGACUUUGGCUACCUGGUCCAUGACAGGCAUGUCCUGUCGUCAAGCGCACAUCACAUCCAGGCCGCAAUCGUGAAGCAAACGAAUCUUGAUACAUUUGAACAGACUUGCAAUAUAUGUCGGACCUUGGUAUAUACGCCUACUCUCUCCACGCCAUAAAAUCAUCAUCGCAUACUUGGACUAGCCACCUCGUGACAACAACCACUCAGCCUUUUGAAGCAGUGCAGUAGUAAACAUCAAUUCAAAACAGACAAGCAGAGAAGAGAAUUUAGGCAUCCACCUUUGGCUUCUCUGCCUUGGUACCCACGCCAUCUGUGUGCGUAGAGCUACUCCGUUCGCUGACAGCGUUCUCGCGCUUGUUGAUGAGUGCCUUGAGUUCGUCCGUGGUGCUCUUGCCCCCGUUCUUCUCCGUGAUCAGACCCUUGAGCCAUGCGUUCUCCGUCUGUAGUUGCUGGAUAGUGGCCUCUAGCUUGGCCACCUUCUCUUGCGCCUCCUUUUGCGACUGCUCGAGCGCUUGCUCGCGCUGCUUCUUCUUGAUGCGGAAGCGGGCGCUUGCGGCCGUAUUACGGCGACGCUUGUCCUCCUCUGCGGCAAUGCGAGCGUUCUCGUCAAGCGACUGCUGUGGCAUGACUGGAGCGACAUUGUCAAGCUUGCGCUUCUUCGAGGCCUGGUCAAAGCCUUGCGCGAUCGGAGACAAAGAUGAUGUCGGCGACCCGUAGUUGUGUGCGAUUGGGUAGUGGCUAGGCUGAGUGUGCGACAAUGGCAUCGACGGGUCGAAGGCUGUGCUUGCGCCAAAGUUGUUGAAGUCGGUAAACGGGAAGUCGCCUGCAAGUAGGUCAAGGUCAGCCAUGGCUCAAGAGGACGACGAUGAGAUAGACCAUUCCAGUCGUAUCAUGAGCGUGGAGUUGUUCGCAGCUCACGCGCAAUUGCGUGCUGGUGAU